AGUCAAUGAAUAAAAGUUCAACAUUUUAUUAUAUAGCAAUCUAAUUUUAAAAUAGAACUUUUCUUGUCUGAUAUUUGUUUGUGUUGUUCGAGUUAUGAUGUGAGUGAGGUUGACAUGUCAAUACAGGAAAGUGGAGUAAACUCCUGCUGUGAAGUGUUACCAUGGCUAUGUCUAGAACGUCAAUCAGAGUUAACAGAUGUUACCCCAGGGGAAUAUGUUCUAAGAACAUUAUUCUAUGACUUCACAGUUCUUGCUGAAAGAAAACUUGGCCAUGUUCUUGCUGAACCUUUAGAAAAACCUCUUUCCAAAUCACUUCAACGUGGUGAAGAUCCGCAGUUUGAUCAGCUUUUACAGUCAUUGAACUCAUUAGCAAAGUACAGUUUGUCAUCUCUUUUGAAAACACUUUUUCAAUGGUAUUCAAUAGAAAAGGAGCGAAGUUUGUCUCUAAAUUCUACGGAUGGAAAGAAAAGUCAAAGUGCUGCUAAAAUAAAAGGACCUUCUCCUGAAGUCCAAAAUAGAUCAAAUGGAAAGGAAAUGGAUUAUGUUUUAGAGAGACGUGAGCAUGCCAUUGAUUUUAUUCUCUGCUUGGUGCUCAUUGAAGUGCUUAAACAGCUUUCUGUACAUCCUGUGGACGAAUCAUUGACAAAUCACAUUGAGAAUCUUGCAUUUGAAUCUUUCAAAUAUCGUAGCAGCUUUGGUGAUACACCAAGUGCAAGCAAUGCUAAUAUUAUCGCUGCAUUGUUUGCUGAAGUAAUUGGAGUUCUGGCACAGACAAAAUUUCAAUUUGUAAGGAAACGUUUUUUGACAGAGUUCAAGGAAAAUGCAAGCAACACUGAGAUGUUGGUCAAUGUUAUUUGUGGAAUGAAAUAUUUGCGAAUUAAGCUUUUUCCUGUUGAACAUGUUGAGGAAACUUUCAUGUUUUUGCAGGAUUGUGCUAACGUUUUUAUUGAAACGAAAGAUAAAGAUGUUAAAUAUGCUUUGGCUGGUGUCUUUGUUGAUAUUCUCGUUCCUGUUGCGGCAACAGCCAAAAGAGAAUUAAAUAUUCCUGCUUUAAAGAAUUUCAUUGAUCUCUUGUAUCCUUAUGCAUUUGAUAUGUCAAAGAAAAACAAACAUCUUCAUGCAAUGUAUCCUUUGGUUGCUGUAUUGAUGUGUGUUAGUCAGAAACACUUUUUUCUCACACAUUGGCCAUUUUUAUUGAAUACAUGUUUAACGAACAUCAAGCAUCGUGAUACAAAAUUACAACGAAUUUGCUUGGAAUGUCUUUAUCGAAUGUUAUGGGUGUAUUUAAUUCGAAUAAAAGGCGAAAAUAAUCCAACGACACUAAGUCGUCUCCGUAGCGUAACUGAUACUUUAUUUCCUCGUGGAGCUCGAACAGUUAAUCCUCGUGAUGUUCCUAUAACUAUAUUUGUGAAGAUUGUUCAUUUCAUAUCCCAUUACAAUUUAGAUUUUGCCAUGCAGGACAUCAUUUUUGACUUGUUGAGUGUUGGUCGUUUUCGGCAAAUUUAUCCUGAGAGAAUGAAUAUUGGACUGAGAUCUUUCUUGGUGAUUGUCGACAGUUUGCAAAAAAAGGAAGGCGAUCCACCAAUGCCAAACACUUCGGGAACAUUGCCCUCUGGAAGUUCGCUACGUGUCAAGAAAAGUUUUUUAAACAAACCAUUAACUGAAGACGCUGCUAAAGAUCUUGGUAUUUCAAAAUAUUAUAAAAGUGUAUGUAAAGCUUUGGAAAAUAUUCUACAUAAUUUGGAUUCACAAGUUGGACGUUCUUUGAUGAAGAAUAAUCCUCAGUGUUUAAAUAAGGAUCCAUUUGAUAUGAUCACAGGCGAAAGAAAACCGAAGAUCGAUCUUUUGAGGACAUCUGUCGCUUCAAUUCCAAAACUUAUUGUUCAUGCUGUAAGCAAGAAUGAAAUGGUGGCAUUGUUAUCAAGAUUAACUAUUCAUGUUGAUGAAGAAUUACGAAGUGUGGCAUUCUCUUCACUUCAGAGUUUGAUCAUUGAUUUUGUUGAAUGGCGAGAAGAUGUUAUAAUUGGUUUUGUAAAUUUUAUUAUGCGAGAAGUUCAGGAUCAUCACGCUGUUUUAUUGGAUAGUUCAUUACGAAUGGUUUUAAAAAUGUUGGCUCAAUGGAAAACAUUGAUAACAAUGCCAGAAUCUGAAAGAAAGGGUACAUUUCAACAAUCAGAAAUCACUAUUCCUAUCAAUGCAAUUCACUGCAUUGAAGGAUGUGGUUUGGCCAUGCUUUGCAGCGUUCGCCAAAUUCCCCGAAAACUAGCACUGCUGAUGCUAAAAGAGGCACGUGUUCUAGGAAACCUUGUUGCCAAGGAUAGUUCUGUUGUAUUUGUAAUGGAUGUUAUCGAUGGAAUAGCUGCGGAUAUUUUGACAAAAAUUUUAAGAAAUCUCUCCAUCGAAGAUAAGAAUCUGUUUGGUUCUUCAAUGAAUAUUGAUCUACAGACAUUUGUUGAUCGUUUACCUCCGGGUUUUGAUGCUGAAACUGGUGAAUGUGGUGAUGAUCGACAUAAUGACAUAUGGUGCUCACUUAUAUCGCAGUUUCUUCUAAAACAACAUAUUCCUGAUGCUUGUCCAGUUGCUACACAGUUCAGUUGGCAAGCAGUUCAUCUUAGAAUGUUUACUGUUUUCUCAUUUAUUGACCAAUGUCCGUCUGGUAUGGAUUCUUUAACGAGCCUUGGUUCCGUUUAUACACGGUCUGCUAAGAAAGGAUUUAAUAUCUCAGACAUCUAUUUGUGGCAGAAUUAUCUUCUAUUUGCUUGUACUGUUCAUCCCAUCUCAACUGUCGAUCAACUCUCCUAUGAUAUGGACGCUGGAAAUUCUUCCGAUGAAGGAAAGUCUGAUCCGAGAUCAUCUACACCAGACAGAGUUGAAAGUUUGUUUCGGUUUGCUGUUGCUUUAGUUCGCCAUGAUUCUAUUGAAAUAAGAAAUGCUGCAAUUUCAUGUCUUGGAAAAGUUAGUCCUUUAUCGUUUAAAGAGUUUGUAGAAGAGCUACAAGUAUCAUUAUUACAAUAUGUGUUAGAAAAAAGAACUGAGGUAAAAAUGCGUAUUUUCUCAACUAAUAACUUUUGUUACUUAUCAUGGAGACUUAUGGUUGAUUGGGGAGAUAGCUAUGAAAGAAUACUUAUGGAAAGAAACGAUAAUAUAAGAACGCAUUUGGCGAGAAUUUUUGAAUUAAAUGCUGAACACGGUUGUUUUCGAGAUAGUGCUUGUGUUUUGUCUGAUGAUGGUUCUUUAUCACAAACAUUUGUUGAUUACAUCGAAAAUACAAGGUCAUAUUUUGUUAGUGGGGAAGCAGAUCGUGAUCCUACAGCUGUUCUUCAAUUGAAACUUAACUUUGCAAGAUUCAUUCAAAAGAUGAUAAAGAGCUUCUCCAAUUGUUCAUUCUACAAAGGGGAACUUCUUACUAAUGAAAUGAGAGUAAAUCUUUUUUCUCUUAUGAGCUCGUGGUGUCAUAAGAACAACACUUUAUCUUCGAUUGAAAAAAUUGGUUUGUUACCAAUAGAAAAGAAAAAUGAAUUGGAAACUGCCGCUGUACAGGCUCUUUGCGCUUUGCUCUGUUGUGGCCCAGUGUUUGACAAGUGUGGUCUCGCGAAAGACGGAUACUUUUAUCGUUGGAUUGAAACUAUUUUAUGUUCUGAAGAUAAAAGCGUGAUAAAUGGUGUUGGACAGGAAACAAUUGAAAAUCUUCUUGAUUUAAAUGAUAAUGUGCCAUUUUUACUGGAAUGGAUUAUUAAUAAAUGUUACACUGAAAAUAAACUCAUUUCUUAUAAAUGUUUCCAUGCUUUAACCACAGUUAUGGUACGAAGGUAUUAUCCUUGUGACGUAAUUCCUGUUAUUGGUGUAGUUUUGUUUAAAACUUGUAGUCCAGACGCAGGAGAAAGAGAGAAAUCUGCUCAAUUACUGCAACUGUUGGAACGGCGUUUUCUUUCUUAUUGUGUUCCUGGCUUAUCGCAAUUUUCUCAAAGUCCAAUAGAACUUUCCGAUCAAUUGGCGAAUUUUCAUCCUGAAUUAACACUUCCUUUGUUGGCAGAGUUAACAUUCAGGUUUGAGAUUGCACCGUUUGUUUAUCAAAGAAUAAUUCUUAAAUGUAUGUUGCCGUGGCUUUGUAAUGUUCAGUUGGUGGAUAUAUCAUCAACUAAGACAUCUGCAACAAUUGCUGAUUGCUCAGACAAGGAUAUUAACACAAUGGAUCCCAUGCGACAUGUUGAGAUGUCGGGGGAUGGAUGGGGAUCAAGUAAAGCUACCCAACUUGUUUUGAACAAUCUUUUUUAUUUGACGGUGAAGUAUGGUGAAAAUUUCAAUGCAGAAUUUGAAGAAUUGUGGAGCGCUCUGUCCAAGGCAUGGAUUGGAAACAAUCAAGAGAUUUUGAAUUUUCUUAACAUUCUUGCUGGAAUAAGCGCUCAUUUGGAAUUUUUUCCACAUGCCAAGAAAAUUGUUGUGUAUUUAGUUCGUGCCAAUAAAGAAGGAACUUUACAAACUUUGAUCAACGAACUUCAGUUAACUGAACCAGUGGCUGGUCAUUUUGAGCGAUGUGAAGAUCCUCCAUAUUAUAUGGUUGUAGAGAAAGAUCUAUCUUCGCCAGUUGCAAAUGAUGUUGAUGAUAAUAAAACAGAACCAAAGAAUGACGAAGACUUAAAGAAAGAUUAUAUUGAUUCCAAAAUUGAAGAACAACGCGAACGAAUACCAAAAAUCAUUUCAGUUUUAAAUCCAGAGAAUGAUUCUGGUGGAAAGUCACGGAAAGAUUUGAAGAGAAUUGAAGAACUUGAGUGGGCAAAAGCUUGGGUUGCUUGUAUUCAUAGACAUCGUCAAUGUUUUCCGUCUGGUUUAUCUUUACCAAUACCAGAAGAAUAUUUACGUUUCGCGUCAUUGGUUGAUGUCAUUUCUUUAUCAUCUGUCGUUACUCCUUUGUACAGAUGUAACUUCUCAUUGAUUCUUCUAAGUGAAGUAAUUCGCGACCAACCACGUGUAAACUGGCUUCCUCAUCUUUCCCUUAUACUUCAUGUUGUAUUUUUAGGUUUUGACCACAGUAAAUCAUUAAUUCAUGAACAUUGUAAAAGUCUUCUUGUCAACCUUGCCGUUAUUUUGGUACUUGAAGGCGAUUAUUCUGCUGUUGCUCAUUCUCUUAUGAAAUUUAAAUAUUUUUCACAAAAAACUGCUGAGCAUCAAUGGAACACAAAUGUAAACUUCCCACGUGAUGGUACCGUUCUCACUCGUCGUGAAAGUCUCAAGACGAAAGAAGAAACUCACUCCGAUGACGAGAAUCUGAGUGAGAAAGUGAUAUGGCUAAUAUGUUAUUUAACUCAAAGUGAUGGAAAAGCAUUGUGGAGCUUUGAAGACAUAACGACAAAGUCUCAAGAUAUUGUCAGUGCGACAGAAUUAACUACUUUUCUCCUACAAGUCCUCGAAAUAUUUGAGAGUAAAUUUAAAACAAGUGGUAUUCGUAGUAGUUGGGCAAAAGUUGCUUCAAAAUGGGCAAUAUCGUGUUCAUCACGUCAUUACGCUGGAAGAUCAUUUCAAGUGUUACGUGGUUUGACAGUCCAGUUAUCUUGGCCAGUUGUUUCUGAUAUUUUAUAUCGUCUCGCGGAAUCUAUAGGUGAUAAUAAUGAAGAUGUUCAGGGUUAUGUGAUGGAGAUUAUUCUCACCUUAAACGCUGUAGUCGAACAAUCUCGAGAAAAUGUUGUGAAGGCAAACCUUGUCUACCCCUUGAUGGAAGGUGGCACAAUUCAAAUAGAUGAUUCAACCCAUUUGUUGGCAACAUCUUCUCCGGAAAGAUCAAGUAAUGUUUCAAGCAAGGAUUCUGUAGGUCACAUACGAUCGUUAAGCAGUGGGGGCAGUCUUCAAGAAACUUUUACACAAUUUCAAGUACUUUCACCAAAAAUGAGAAGUAUGAGCUUGCAGUCAUUACGUUUUUCUAACGAUAAUGCAACAUCACUUAAUCAAGGAGAUUUGUUGGCGAGAAUGUUUUGGGUUGCUGUAUCUUUGCUUGAAUCAGAUUAUGAGCAUGAAUUUGUCAUGGCUGUGAAACUUUUGUCCAAGGUGAUUAAUCUGAUCGAUUUGAGCAGCAAAACAACUCAGGAACGUUUGGAAUCACUUCUAUAUAAAUUGAAAUGGUCACAAUUUACAGGUGUACAAAUGUUGUUGUUAAAGGGCUUGACAUCGCCAUCCACAAGUACUUCAACUGUUGAAUUAAUAAAAAAGACAAUACCAUACAGUAAUAUUUCAAUAAUGGAUGUUUCAGAACACACAGGGAUUGUUUUGAGUAUCUUGGCUCUGUUGCCUUAUAUGAUUCAACGUUUUAAUGAACCUGAUGAGUUUUCAUUAAGUUGCGCCUCUAUUGUUGGUCAGGUUUGUGUUAGCAAAAAUAUGAUUGGUUUUGGUAAACUUUUUGCGAUGUACAAUCAGAGAACCUAUCAUAAAACUGUACAAAUGUGGACGGAAGGUGUCUGCCGUUAUAUUUAUGAGUUUUAUCGACAAACCAUUCGCACAUUAUUGGCGUUUCUUACUGAGCUGUUAGAACGUGGUCCACAAGUCAACCAGACUGCAGUGUUAAAUGUUACUUGUGCUUUGAUGCGACACAUUGAUUUUACUUAUGUCAAUACCAGACACAUUUUGAUACCGACAUUGAAAGUUAUUUCAAAACACAUCAAGGAUGAUCUCUGGAAAGAAUCAUUGAAUGUGUUGAAACUCGCUGUUUCUAGCUGUUCCCAGCUUGAAAAACCAACACAACGUCCACAAAGUGUUAUAUUUGAUAGUACUUGGUCUUUGGAUAAGAGUGCCUUCCAAAGACAAGAGUUACCAGGAAAAACACUUGUAUUUGCUUUUGAUGUAACUGCAGCGUUUGCAACUGUGCAAGAUACUCAGGAAUUACCUCAGAAAUCUGAUUCAUCUUGGUGGAAACGACCUCAACUGUCUCAACGUCGCACAAAGGAGCAUCUUGUAAGUGUACUUCGUGUCUGUGGUCACCAUGUUGGGUUGAAACAAAGUCCAUCAGUUGUGUUCAGUUCAUCAAGUGACUUAGUAAUGGAGAAAGCUGAUGGUGGUGAUCAUUCAUCUUCAGAUGAAAAUCAACAUUUCGAAGUCGGUAGUAAAGAGGAAAAUGAAGCUAGUGAAGCUCAACAACUUAUUGGUGUGUUUACUGGUUUUGAUUUUCUUGAUGAUGAAAUUGAUGAACAUGAUGAUGACAUUAGUGGAUUUGGUUGGGAUCUUCAAUGUGCAGAUUAUAAAACACCAGAACCUGGAGAAUCUAGACAACGUCAUAGUCCACUUUAUGGCUCUGAGUCAGACGAUGAUGAAAUGACACGGUCUCUUUCAAGUACAGUCUCUCCCAGUGCAAAUAUACCUCUUACGGAAGAAACGUUGCGUAUUCACGAUGAAUCAAAAGGAUUUACAUCAAAUACUCAAUAUUCACCACCUUCUGAAUCUAGUCAAGAAUCUACGGACUUUCUGUCAUCUCGUUUCCCAAGAUACGUGACGUCAAUAAUUCAUUGUCAUGACGUAGAUAUCAAAUGGCAAUCCCAUGUUACGACACUUAUUAAUGAUACAACUGGAUCAUCGGCUGUUAACAGUUUUGCAUUAAUGGCCUUACUUUUACGACAUAUACGAAACAAAGUAACUGAUAUUACAAGGCAAUGUUGUAAUGUUUUAGAUAAUAGUUUGUUUGGUGUCACAUCUUUGUUUGUGGAAAUUCUCGAGGCUUUAGACAUCCACGGUCAUUGUCCGUAUGUGUACCUGGAUAGUGAGGUUGUGAGACGCUCAAAGAUACUGGAACGACUAAAGUUUAUGAUUUUGGAAAUUGACGAUCAUUAUCGAAGUUACAAAGAAAUGUUACAUAAUGCUAGCCGAGCGUUAGAAAGAUUACGAAAUGUUGAUAAGAGAGAUCAUUCAUCUUUACAAGAUAAAGAAACAUCAACAUCCAGUUUAGAGGAGAGCAAAUAUGACGAUUGUGAAAUAGCUUUAUGUUGGGCGCUGUAUAAACUACAUUUUCAAGUGUUGCUUGUCUUGGAUAGUUAUUCAAGAUCGUUUGAAUAUCUUCAGAAACAAGCAAACAAGUAUGAUAUUGUGGAACUUAGUAACAAGGUUGCUUUAAUACGUAAUGAAGUGUCAUCAGCUUUAGUCUCUGUGAAAAAUACUUCUGAAGAAAACGAGCUUUCAUUCGAGAGCGAUGUAACACAUACGUAUGCGAGUGCGUGCGAAUCAAUCACUAGAAACCUGUGCAAUUAUAACACCGAAUCUGCUGUCCAAACACUUCACAUGUUUAGAGAGAAACUAUUUAUUGAAGAUGAACAAGGAUAUGUGGAAUUUUUAGCAAAAUUGUACUCGAGAUAUUUGGUGGAAAAGAAACCUGGAGCUUUGGUUAUGUCGAAACGCGAUUUUUCUCUGUCGUCCAUGAUCAACGAAUUGAAAGAGAUGACGAUUAAUAUUCUUUCUGUAAUUGAACAGUUAAGUCCAGUUGAUAAGUCAUAAAUAUUUGACAUAAGAAUGUAAACCAUCAUUACUUUAUACAUCUUAGCGACAAGUUUUUGCUUUUAUGCUUUUUAUGUGGAUAAGAAAAAUCCUCCAAAAGGUUUGUUUCUUUUCUACAUGCCAUUAAAUAAGUAAACUCUUCAUUAUAUUUAUAUAUCUAAUGACAGCUGUAAAAAUUAUACCACAUUUAUAAAUGUCAUAGAUUAGUUUGAAAUUUGAGGUUGUGAUAAACUUACGAAAGUAAAUAUUGUGAAAUAUGUUUUUGUUUUAUCACAAUUAUAAAAGUGUUAUUUUUAGUGAAAA